AUGCAGCUUCGUCGUAGUAAGGGCAAGUCGACCAAGAAGCCUACCUCGCCCAAGAAGGUGGGGCGGCCGAAAAAGUACACGCGGCGUUCGUGUCCACACUGCCUACGGAAGGCGAAGACUGCCCAAGGCCUAAGGAAACACCUGAACAAGAAGCUCAAGUGUGAUCUUGCUUCUGUUGCUGCGCGUGUCGCUGAGCGCAAGAAGUCGUGA